UCGUACCUUCUGUCAAUAAGACAGCUAAACCCAAAAAUCAUAUAAAUUCCAAUCCCCCGGAUCAUAUUUUAUUAUUUUACCUUUUCAGUUAUCAUACGCUUCAUCACACACUUCAUAUCAUACAGAAUUCAAAAACACUCUUUCGUAUAAUACAAAAUCAUGGCAUCCGUUCAGAAAGUACUUGAUACUUUGCACAUUGGGGGCAAAGCAGAAGCUGCCCCUCCUAAAGAGCCCAGCUCGACCGAGCUCGAACAGCUCAAGGAGAAGUACACCAAAGCAAAACAAGACCAAGUUUUUGCUUUCUACGAUACUCUCGACAUCGCAGAAAAAGCUGCUCUUUACGAACAACUCUCCAGUUUCGAUCCAGAAUAUAUUAAUGAAAUCACCGAUAAAGCACUCAAUCCACCCAAAGCUCAAGAUGUCGACGAAGGAACGGGCCUUAAACCACUCCCUGAAUCUGCAACUGCCAGUAUCCUUGAUUCAAAAGCUGAAGAUAUUGAGAAGUGGUAUGGGAUGGGCUUGGAUUUAAUGGCAGAGAAUAAGGUCGCAGUCGUGUUGAUGGCUGGUGGCCAAGGAACCCGUUUAGGCAGUUCAGCUCCUAAGGGUUGCUUCAAUAUUGGUCUACCUUCCGGGAAAUCUCUUUUUCAAAUACAGGCAGAACGUAUUCGCAGAGUUCAAAGAUUGGCACAUAAGAAGGCUGGUUAUGCAGCGGAUAAAAAGGUGGUUGUUCCUUGGUAUGUUAUGACCAGUGGGCCAACACGAGGACCUACCGAAAAGUACUUUGAGGAAAAUGGUUACUUUGGUUUAGAAAAGGAGAAUGUUAUUAUCUUCGAACAAGGGGUUCUUCCUUGUAUCUCGAAUGAUGGGAAGAUCCUUUUGGAGAGUAAGGGUAAGGUUGCUGUUGCACCGGAUGGAAAUGGUGGUAUUUACCAAGCCAUUGUUACAUCAAAUGUUUUGUCUGACAUGACAAAGCGUGGUAUUCAACACAUUCACGCUUACUGUGUAGACAAUUGUCUUGUUAAGGUGGCAGAUCCAGUAUUUAUUGGAUUCUCAGCAUCUAAGGAUGUCGAUAUUGCUACCAAGGUUGUACGAAAGAGAAAUGCUACCGAAUCUGUUGGUCUGAUCCUCCUCAAGAAUGGCAAGCCAGAUGUAGUUGAAUACUCUGAAAUCGAUAAGGAGACUGCUGAAGCCAAGGAUGCUAAGCAACCAGAUGUUUUGAAGUUCAGGGCAGCAAAUAUCGUUAAUCACUACUACUCUUUCCGAUUUCUGGAAUCGAUCCCUGUAUGGGUCCACAAAUUACCCCAUCAUGUUGCACGAAAGAAGAUUCCUUACGUUGAUACUGAGAAGGGUACAACCGUCAAACCUGAGAAGCCAAACGGUAUCAAGCUUGAACAAUUUGUUUUUGAUGUCUUCCCAAUGUUGGAACUUGACAAAUUUGCUUGUAUGGAAGUCAAACGUGAGGAUGAAUUCUCACCACUGAAGAACGCAAAAGGAACCGGAGAGGAUGACCCAGAUACUAGUAAGAAAGAUAUCAUGGAUCAAGGGAAACGAUGGGUACAAGCCGCGGGUGCUACUGUUAUUGGGGAGAGUACUGACGAUGGUAUCGAAGUUUCUCCAUUGAUCAGCUAUGUAAGUUGAUUCUAAUCACCUUCCAACUUGAUCAAGCUAACACAUCUCUAGGCUGGAGAGGAACUCGAGAAGCUAAAGGGCCAGACCAUUAAGGCCCCAGCUGUCUUAGAGAAGGAGAUAUCGUAGGAAAGGUCAGAUGGACAUUUUGAAAGUUUUCAGGUUUGGCUAUGGGCCCUGAUAGCAAUGUUACUAUGCAAUAUAGUAGGAGUAGAAGCACUAAAAAGUACCAACAUUCUGGAUUAUCAAUUGUUAUUAUAGUGUUUUUCCAAUGCUUCCCUAAUCAUGAAGAUCGUGAACUUAAGGAGCUUAGGGGAACUCAGCUGAUGACUCUAGAACCAAGAAAUACUUCUAGUGUAAAUCCUCAGCCUCUACUGCGGAACUAGAAUAU